CACAGCACCAGCGCCAUGCCUAUGACACUGGGCUAUUGGAACACCCGAGGACUGACUCACUCCAUCCGCCUGCUCCUGGAAUACACAGAUUCAAGCUAUGAGGAGAAGAGAUAUGUCAUGGGGGAUGCCCCCAACUUUGACCGAAGCCAGUGGCUGAGUGAGAAAUUCAAUCUUGGCCUGGAUUUUCCCAAUCUGCCUUACUUAAUUGAUGGGUCACACAAGGUCACCCAGAGCAAUGCCAUCCUCUGCUACCUUGGCCGGAAGCACAACUUGUGUGGAGAGACAGAGGAGGAGAGGAUCCGUGUGGAUACUUUGGAGAACCAGGUUAUGGACAUCGUGAUAGUCUGCUGCAGUCCCAAUUUUGAGAAGCAGAAGCCAGAGUUCUUGAAGACCAUCCUUGAGAAAAUGAAGCUCUACUCUGAGUUCCUGGGCAAGAGGCCAUGGUUUGCAGGGGACAAGGUCACCUAUGUGGACUUCCUUGCUUAUGACAUUCUUGACCAGUACCGUAUGUUUGAGCCCAAGUGCCUGGACGCCUUCCAAAACCUGAGGGACUUCCUGGCCCGCUUCGAGGGCCUCAAGAAGCUCUCUGCCUACAUGAAGAGUAGCCGCUUCCUCCCAAGACCUGUGUUUACUAAGAUAGCCCAGUGGGGCACUGAUUAG